AUGGGAGUGGCGCGCGCCCAGCAGAGCAGCGCGCGCCACCCAGUAGAGCAGCGCGCGCCACCUGGCAGUGCAGCGCGCGCCAUCCAGCAGAGCAGUGCGCGCCCCAGCAGAGCAGCACGCGCCACCCAGCAGAGCAGCGCGCGCCACCCAGCAGUGCAGCGCGCGUCACCCAGCAGAGCAGCGCGCUCCCCAGCAGAGCAGCGCGCGCCACCUGGCAGAGCAGCGUGCGCCACCCAGCAGAGCAGCGCGCGCCCCAGCAGAGCAGCGCGCGCCACCCAGCAGAACAGCGCGCGCCACCCAGCAGAGCAGCACGCGCCCCAGCAGAGCAGCGCGCGCCACCCAGCAGAGCAGCGCCCCCCCACCCCCCCCCCCCCGCCCCCCCACUCCCCCCCCCCACCCAUCCCCCCUAGCAGAGCAGCGCGCGCCUCCAGCAGAGCAGCGCGCGCCCCCAGUAGAGUAGUGCGCCCUGCCCUGUCCUGCGCGCGCCCCUUCUCAGUUCCGCGCGUACCCCCGCCCUUCCAGCAGCACGCACUCCACCGCUGCUGCGCUCGCGCUCUACCUUGA